AUGCAAAUUCCUAUCACCGUGUAUGUGGCUGUCGCCAUUUUCCAACAUGCAGCCUUGGCCAUUUGUACGAAGCUUCUAACUAGUGGUACGAUUAUUGCAUUCGAUGACAAGACCCAACAACUCCAAGUGAUCCGCGAGGGGUCACUCCUCAUCGAAGGAGACCAGAUUAUAUCAAUUUCUGAUGUAGCAAUACCUGGUAAUAUCUCAGAGAAUGUCGAAGUGAUAGACUGUACCGAUAAGAUUAUCACUCCCGGCUUUAUCGACACGCACCGUCAUGGGUGGCAGAGUGUUUUCAAGACACUGGGAUCUAAUACGACAUUGGCUGAGUAUGCUGGACGAUAUAGUGCAUUUGUAUCUCAGCCUCUGCUUUCUCCCGACGACAUAUAUAUUAGCCAACUAGCAGGUAUCCAUGAAGCACUCAACGCUGGAGUGACAACAAUACUCGACCACGCCCACCACACCUGGACCCGUGAGCAUGCCACUGCAGGCUUGAAUGCCUCCGUCGAUAGUAGUGCCAGGGUCUUCUUCGCCUAUGCAUUCCAAAAUAUCCCGGGUUUCACUAUCCAAGACCAGAUUACUCACUGGCGUGAAUUAGCUCCGACAGUCUCGGGCGACCUUGCCACAUUAGCAAUAGCAUACGACGGCUGGAUGGGUGAUCUGCAAGACCCAGACACUCAGGCAGUAAUGAAACUUGCUUUAGAAAGUAAAGUCAAAGUUCUUACGACCCAUGAUGUAGAGGGACCUUGGCCAUUGUAUAACACCCCUGAAGUCCUCCAACGGGUUGGGAUACUUAAUAAGAGCAUACCCAUCGUGAUCUCUCAUGGUUCGCAAGUUACUGCGAACAGUGCCCAGUUAUUGAGACAGACGAAUCAGUACAUAUCCAUAACCGCGGAAAGCGAAAUGCACUAUGGCCAUCUUCAUCCGACAAGUCAUCUCAUCUUAGAUCAAGCCUCCUUAGGUGUGGAUACGCAUUUCACUUUUUCGACAGACAUCCUUACGCAAUCACGCAUUUGGUUACAAAGUACCCGCGCCCGCUUAUAUAGGGAUGCAAUCGACAACUGGAAGAUACCUGCUAACAAUCCUAUGUCCGUCAAUCAGGCUUUCCUUCUAGCUACUAGAAAUGGCGGCUUAGCACUCGGUCGCCCUGACUUGGGAGUUAUAAUGCCAAAUGCUAAAGCCGAUAUUCUAAUAUGGGACGGGCGUUCUCCAGGCAUGCUAGGGUGGGCCGACCCGAUCGCGGCUAUCAUUCUUCAUGCAAACGUAGGAGAUAUCAAAGACGUUAUGGUGGAUGGAGAGUUCAGGAAGCGCGACGGGAAGCUCGUCAUCAAGGAUUAUGCCAAAGUACAAGACCGGUUUCUACAGAGCGCUAAGCGCGUACAGGAUGAAAUGAAGGGAAUCCCGUUACCUAUACCUGAGGGCACCUUUAUGGGCGGCUACCCGUACGGGCCAGUCUUGCAAGUCGACACCCAGCGCGGUGAGGGAACUGGGUAUGGACCAAGCUAUGUUUAAUACCCGCCCGGGAUAGUUAUGCUAAGUACCUAGUUAUAGCGUGCCUGAAGAC